CGGUCUCCUUCCUCACUCACCUCUCCCACUUUCACACCAAAUCAAGCUUACGACGAACACGACAAUACGAACCUCACGCAAACUCUGACGAAAAUAUCAAAUAAGAAAAAAAAGCUCCUCUCUUCCUACUUUCUCACUCUUCUUCUCUCGACAGAAAUGAUCAUGAAGACUACCACUCUCUUUGCUGCCGCUUUGGCUUGCCUCUCAGCCAUGACCGUCCAGGCCCACAUUGGCAUGAAGACCCCAUGCGCUCGCUACCAUCCUGCAGCUGGCUGUCCCGCUCCUCCAUCAGGCCAGUCCAUUGACUACAACAUUAAUUCCCCUAUUGGUACCCAUGGUUCUCAGAACUUCCCUCUCUGCAAGCACACUGUCCCAUAUACCAAGCGCACCGUCUACAAUGCUGGUCAGACCAUCAACACUGCCUACUCUGUCGGCGCUCCUCAUGGAGGCGGACACUGCCAGUGGGCUCUUUCAUAUGACGAGGGCAAGACCUGGGUUGUCAUCAAGACCCUGAUCCGCGACUGUCUCCGCAACGCUGGUCCUGACUACACCGUCCCUGUGCAGAUCCCAGCCAACGCUCCUUCGGGCAAGGUUACGUUUAUGUGGUUGUGGAACAAUGCUGUCGGCAACCGUGAGCUGUAUUCCAACUGCGCCGACAUUGAGAUUAAAGGCACUAAUGGUGGCAGCAUUACUGGCGUUGCUCCUCUCAUUGCCAACUAUGGUAGCUCCUCUGUCUAUAUCCCUGAGUUCUCCAAUGGUCCCGAUGGUCGCGAGCACUUUGACAAGCGCAAGCCUGUGACCAUUCGUGUCUCCGGUGGCAAUGGACCUGCACCUGAGCCUGUCACUACCCAAUCUACCCAGCCUCCUAAGCCUACUGCUACUCCUCCCUAUCCCCCCACCACCACCACUGCCAGGCCCAUACCCACUGACUGCCCUGUUGCUGCCGCUGCCGAGACUGUGUACAGAACUGUAUACAAGACUAUCACCAUCACCGAGGCCGCCCAGCCCACUAAUGCUUAAGCAACAACAAGCACUUCGCAUAAUGCAUAGAAUACGCUCAAAACAUACAUCAUAUUCAUCGUAAAAUAGCAUAGGCAUUUCUUUAUUAUCUAUUUAUUUUAAUAUUGUUAUCCCUUAUGUUUCCAGAGUGGAUCAAAGGACAAACCAAUAUUAAUCAUAACGAUAAUAAAAUAG